GUAACCAAUGUGUCACUCAAAAUUUCAAGUACUUAAAUGUUUACCAGGAAAAUAGUGAAAAGAAAAAAGGUCAAAUAUUUUUAUCGGAAAAUGAAAAACAUUUCGGAGUUGGUAAAUCUAAAUAAUUGGGAUAUGAUAACAUUAAUUUUAUAUUCAACGCUCGUAUUGAUAGCAUCAAUUAUUCUCUGGAAAGGAAUCACGUUAAUAUCGAAAAAAAUAAUAUUUCCACAAGUCACAUCACGAUUACUCAAUAAAGAUUUAAAUCGUAAAAAAAGUUUAACUAAUAAUCUGUCAGGAUUAAUUAACACCAAAUUAAAUAAUUUAACUGGCGAAUUAGAAGAGAAAUUGUUUCAACAAACGGAAACGGAUAUUAACGGAAAUUGAAGCUCAUCCAAUAAAAAAAAUGCAACAGCUGCAAUUGCACUUAAACGGAUCAUUUGGAAUUUGUGUUUUUAAAUUGAAAAAGAAAAAACAAGAUGAUACAAAAAUGGUCAAGAAUCAAAUUCGUAAAAAUUCAUAUUGCUGCGGACAGUCAGGCAAAGAUGAAGGAUUUCUGGAUGAAAUGAUUCAACGUUUGAUAGCCGAUGAAUUGAGAAAACAUCGAGACAAGGAACGAAUUUCGAUCAAGAGAACGUAUUCGGAUUGCGAUGCUGUUCUUCACAAGAACACGAAUCUGAAGAAAGGACAACCCAUCAAUCUGAAUGCUUUUAUUGAAGAAUGGAAAAGAAUCCAAGCAUCUUUCAAUGUAGAUAACUCAGAAACAACAAAGAAAUUGAAGAAAUCUAUCCAGGAGAGUGCGACAGAUCCAGACAAAACAGUCGAAGAUGAAGAAGAAGAGAUUGUGCGAAACGACAAAUUCAACAAAGCGAAAGAGGUGGAAAUUCUUCGAGCGGAAACUGAAACAUCGGAAAAUGUGAAUUCAAUUCGCCAUGAACAGAAAUUGGAUAGUCACAAUGCUGAGAUUCCCGUACAAGACGUCAAGGAUGUUCCGCCGAAAAAUAAUGAGCUAAAUGAAAAACUGUCCGAUGUACAAAAGGAUAAUUCGAGUCAGACACAAUAUUGCUAUCUGGUACGAAACACUCAAAGUUGUCACCUUGAAAAAAAACAAUUGACCUCACGUAUCUAUUUCGAGUUCGAUCGCACGCCAAAAAACAACAAAGACUUGCACAAACUUCCUUUCUUUGAAAAUUUUUCCAAUUUAAAUCUCUCGAUUCAGAGAAGAACCUCUGAUAAUCUAAUAUACGAGAAGCACAAAGGUAGUGCUAGUCCUAGUUAUGUUCCAUCACUCGAAAGAUUUCCAUGGAAAUUCCUAUCGCCUUCAAACACAACAGAUAACACAUUGUGAAAGAAAAGUGUAAUAAAGAAAA